AUUGCUUAGAAAUUUGGGAAUUUUCAGUUUUAACCAGCCACCAAAGUGCCAAUUAAUGUAUCCGUUGUGUCCGGAAUACGGUAUCUCUCUUUAAGCUCAUCCUAUCGAGCUGAAAUUUUACACACAUGGUACUGUAGUAUACAUAUAUCCAUAUGUCGAUUAAAAAGGGGGACCCUCGCCGAUUUUCAAACUCAACUAUUUACAUACUAGAAACAUGAGGUUCGGGCUAUAUUAAGUCUGCACUGUAGGUUUUUUAUUCUAAUACUUUUCAUAUUCUACUGUAUUUAUAUUCAUGCUCCAUGCAAAUUUUCCGUUCUGCUGCACAGUAGACUGUUUUCCUUGUUCCUUUUAUAGUAAAAACAAUUUCUUCAAGCGGAAGGAUAUGCAUAUUUAGUUUUGUUACGUUCAUCUCCAAAACAUUUUUUAUCUCUCAGGUCAACUCUUCAGAGAAAUUAUGGAAGAAUGUAAACAUAAUCAUUAAUAAGCUAAAAUGUUGCGUAUGCAUGUUGAUCAUGACAAAAUUUAUGACAAAAUAGUAGGUUGCAGGUUUGACAUUGGCAUAUAUAUCGUUAUUUUGUGGUUUGUUAUUGUUACUUGGAACGAUUCGUCAUCAUCUCCCAACUUCUCAGUGACGCUAGCGUUGGUCGUCGUCUAACCAUAAUAAAGUGGUGUGGUCGCUUAUGAAACAGGUUCAUUUGUAAUUUGGUUGCACUCUUUCAUGCAAAUAUUUUCGUAGUGAUUGAGUCUAUGUAAAACUUGAAAUCACAAAAGAUUGGUCUCGGUGGUCAACACGCGUAUUUACUGUUUAGCCUUCCAAGAUAAAUCAUCGUAAUCCUUAUUGUUACUCGUGACCGGCAAAAACUGGAUUAAAUAUCUUUAACUUUACAUGGAUAAAAAUAUUACUGCGUUUUUGUGUGUAUUAAUAUUUCAACAGAAGAACAUAAAGAUCACUUAAGUUUCAUCUUCAUCCAACGCAAAAAAAAUCAUGCUUUAAUUUUGCAUGAGUCAGUCACUGAACAUUUGUUUUACUCUGCGAAGCAACCACUUUAAACCAAACAUUAAAUUUCGUUAAAUAAGGAAAGUGUUUUUGGCAGAGUUUUAUGUUGGUAGUGAAACCACCAAUCUGGAAAGUUCCUCCAGUGUUGCAAUUGACCGCUUCGAGAUACUUGUGUUCAAAAUUUUAUUUAGCUUCAUUAAAUUUUAAGUACCUUUUGGGCAAAGUACAACUGAAGCAUGCCUCCGAAUCCUAAUUUGAACGAGAUUCAUCCGGUAUCACUGGGACUAAAUAACAUCAACAACAACAUGGGUGACAAACGGACCGCUUCGCCGACUUCAGUCAUCCCCAGCCAUCCGGCGAAAGAACAAGGUCCUCCAGCCAUUCAAGUUGUGAAUGCAUGCAAAUCCUACAGUAAUGGGGUCCCCGUUUUAAAAAAUUUCAAUAUGACUGUUCCAGCUGGUACAAUUUAUGGACUUCUCGGCAGUUCCGGAUGUGGAAAAACUACGAUACUUUCGUGCAUUGUCGGACUUCGCAAACUUGACACAGGAGAUAUUUGGGUGUAUGGGGCCAGAGACAUUCCUGGCCGACGUCUCGGUUACAUGCCUCAAGAUAUAGCACUAUACAAACACUUAUCCAUUAAAGAAAUGUUACAGUAUUUUGGGCGGAUAUAUGGGAUGACUCAUUCUGAGAUUAUUAGUCGAAUUGAGUUCCUCACCAAUUUCUUGGCGUUACCUGACCCCACUGGAAUUAUUGGGUCACUUUCUGGAGGUCAAAGUCGACGCACUUCACUUGCCGCAUGUUUGCUGCAUGAGCCUUCACUAUUAAUACUGGAUGAACCUACGGUGGGUGUGGAUCCGCUUUUGAGGGAGACCAUUUGGGCAUAUUUAUCCGAGAUGGUGGAAAAAAAAUCUACUACCGUGAUAGUCACUACACACUAUAUUGAAGAAGCAUCUUCCAAGAGUCACACGGUUGGACUUAUGCGCAAUGGGAAACUACUAGUCGAAAAGAGUCCACAAGCUCUACUGGCUGAACAUCAUUGUGUAAUGUUGGAUGAAAUUGUGCUGAAACUUUGUCGAAAUGAUACAACUGAAUUUGGAGAGUCGAAUCACGAAGAAGUGAGACAGGCGUUGACAGAAAAUUCGUUUUAUUCUCGACGCAAGAACAACUUUAAACCCGCAAUUAAAGCGGAAAGGGAGGAGGAGGUGGCUGUGAGAGGACUGAAGUUUAAGCAGCAGAAUUCCAUUGAUGAGAACCUAAACAAAAAUCAGAAAGAGAACGAAACUAGUCAAGCUCAACGUAGGCCACUAAAAAGAACAAUGUCCAUCAGGGAACAAGCCACUCAAGGAAUCUGGGGAAAGUAUAGCAGAAUUCGUGCACUUGCGAUUCGAAAUUCACUCACACUCCUUCGCAGCCCAUUGUUCAUGCUCGCAAUAUUUGUUAUGCCCUCAUUCCAGGUAAUUAUCACAAAUUUAACGCUUGGCCCAGAACCAAAGAAUCUCGCAUUCGGUAUAAUUGACCCAGAGAUUCAUAAUGAUUUGUCUCAUUGCGACUCCAUAAAUAUGAAGAAAUGUGAGACGUCCGCAUUAAGUUGUCAGUACAUCAAGUCACUACCGAAUAAUAUAAUCAAUCCUAUUGCAGUAACUACUAAAGAGCAAGCAUUAAGCGAUGUGAAGACAGGAAAAAUAUGGGGAUACAUGUCGUUCCCCAAUAACUUUAGUAAUCAUCUUAUCGAUAGAGCUGCCGCAAAUAUUUUUGCAGACAAUGAAACUUUGGAUGGUUCGACAAUUACGCUACAACUGGACCAUUCUCAUUAUUUUGCUGCUGCACUGCUUACUAAAAGUCUGUACGAAAGUUUUCUAGUCUUUGUACAAAACACACUAUCAAACUGUGAACAAGAUGCUCACAAGGCUGAUCUACCCCUGCACUUCACGCCGAUCUACGGUUCUUUGGACAUUACAUUCCACGAUUAUAUCGCUCCUGCUGUCCUAAUCGUAAUUUUGUUCUUCAUUCCAUACUUGUCCUGUUCAGUGUACAAUAUUACCGACAGGAAACAGGGAACUCUGGAUAGAUCAAUGGUUGCCGGCAUUAAGAUGACGGAUCUUCUGUCAGCCUUCUUUGUCACGGAAGGCUUCCUUAUAAUCGUCCAAACCCUGAUCGCUUACGUUUUAGUGUUAUAUAUUUUUCAAAUGGAAAUAAAAGGGUCUGUCGUAGGAUUUCUUCUCAUCACAAUUUUGACAGGGGCAGCUGGUCUGUCUCUCGGUUUCCUCAUAGCACAACUCGUGGAUGAGGAGGUCGAAGCUCUCAUUUUGGGUGUUGGGUUUUACCUCCCAAAUUUAAUAUUUUGUGGUAUUUUGUGGCCCCUUGAAGCUGCCCCUUGGUGGAUACGUAGUAUCAGCUACUGUCUGCCCUGCACAUGGGCCAUUAGUGGGGUGAGGUCAAUAAUCUCGAGGGGAUGGCCUCUGACCCACCAAUAUGUGUUGCCUGCCUAUGCUGUCCUCUUGACGUGGAUUGUAUGCAGUUGGAUUUUGGCAUCACUAGCGUUUAGAAGAAGAUUCAAAUAACCAAGUUAGAAUUAAUCAGUGGUGCCUGAAAAGACUGUAUUAAAUAAAUACUUACCUGCAUUUUAUCAUGUACAUUUGCUCAUAAAAUAACAAGCACAAAACUUAUAUGUCUCAUUUGUUAUACUAAUAUUGUAGUGCAAGUAUUAAAUAUUAUACACACGUAAUAAAUUAUUCUAUAAUAAUACUUAAUUUCAAUGACACUGUGAGAUUUACAAAAGAAUCACUUAUAAUAUUCGUUUCAACUCACCAAGCUAUAUUUGUAGUAUAAACCGAUACAUAUCACUACCAAAAGAGCCUCACAUCAUAAAACGCAAAAUUUAACCAUUUGAUUUAUGACAUUAAACAACUUAAUUCUGUUCCGAAUUAAUAAAAUUGUAUAUUUUA